UCUUCAACUUCUUUCUCUUUGAAAUCUCUCUAGAACUCUGAAGAAAAGCCUUUUUUCUUCUUCUUCUUUUCGUAAUGAAUUUUUUCUUUGAGGAUAGAGCGAUGGAUUUCCAUAGUCUAACAAGGAGACAGCUACAAUCUCUUUGUAAGAAGAAUAAGAUUCCAGCCAAUAUGACUAACGUCGCCAUGGCGGAUGCACUUUCUUCUCUAACGACAGUUGAGGGAAUUGAAGAUGUUGGAAAAUCUAUGCCAGAGACACCACUCACCACCAGGAAAACCACCACUGCAAGAAAACCAGUUAAACGUGAAACUGAUUUGGUCUCUAAUAGUGUUGCUAGACCUAAUCGUGCACCAUUAACAGGAAAGCCAUCUGGAUCGCAGAUUAUUAUACCCAGUACUCCAGCAACAAGAAGUUGUAGGAAAAAGGUAACUGGAGCUUUGGUUUCUCGCAGAAGUGUGUGCAAGAUUGAGGAAGAUAGUGAUGUGGGGGAGGAAGUUCCUGUGGUUGAUAAUGUGUAUAGUACGAGGCGAUCGACCAUAUUGCAGCAUAAAUCUGGAGUUAAAGUUUCUGUGUGUGACCAGAAGGUAGGAGGAGGAAGAAAUGACACUAUUAAAAUUGAAAUGUUGUCUGAAGAAGAAAAUGAUGGGGACACAAAAUCUGAAGUAACUAGUGAUGUUCAACAGGAAAAUGAUGUUGUUAAGAUUGAAAUGGUGUCCAUAGAAGAAGAUGAAUCAAAGGCUGAAGUUACUAGUGAUGUCCAACAGAACAACGAUGCUAAGAUUGAGAUGUUUAUUAAAGAGGAAAAUGAUGAGGAGAUCAAGUCACAGUCUGAAGUAACUAGUGAAAUUCAACAGACAAAUGAGGGAAUUAAGGUCGAGGUUUUGAAAGAAGAACAAGAUGUUGAUUCUGGAAACUUGUCUAAUACUUUGGACUUUGUUGAAUUGUUUGUGUUGGAGAAAUCUAGAGAUUUGGAAGAAUUUCCAGUUGAUUCAGAUGGUGAUCAAGAUGCUACUUCUGAAGGUUCUUCUUCUGCUCUGAUCAUGAGAGAGGUCUCUAGGGACAACAUUUCUGAGGCUCUUGAUGGAUGCAUUUCUGAAGUUUCUUCUGCUCCUAUGAUAUCUACAGAGGAAUCAAUGGACAUUGCUCUUCAUAAAUCUUCCCCAGUGGAGGAGGAAACUGAACAAUCUAAAUACCAAAAUGAGCAUCAAAGCAUGGUAAGUGAAGAUCAACCCAUGGAGAUCAAUGAGGUUGUAGACAGUAAGGGUGCUAAGGAUUUGGAGAAGUUCAUAGAUGAGAAUGAGCUUAGUGAUGUCAAAGUUAUUGAAGUUAUAUCUGAAAAUCUGGAAGACUUAAAUGUUGAUGAAGGAAACUGUAAGCUCACAUCUGAAGUUGAGCUUUACGAUGUCAAAGGCACUGAAGUUUGCACUUCUGAAGUUUCCUUUGCUCCUGUUGUAUCUGUAGAGGAGUCCAUGGACAUUGCUGAUGUUCUCAGUAAAGCUUCUCUAAUGGGUGAAAAUUUUAUAGACAAAAAUGAAGAUCAAAACAUAGAAAGUGAAAAUCAAUCCUUAGAAACUUAUGGAGUUGAAACUGGGGUCACUAGUGAUUUGGAAUUGAUGUGCACACACAAAGAUGAUAAUAGUGGCGUCAGGUUUACUGAAGUCGAAGCAAUAUAUACAGAUGGAUCUUCUACAAUGGUGGUGAAAACUGAAAAUUUGGGGAAUAGAAAUGAGGUUGUUGCUGGAGUUAAGGCCGCUCUUGGUUUGGAAUCGAAGUUCACAGAUGAAAAUGUGCCUAGUGAUGUAAAAUUCACUGAAGUUGAAGAUACACACAGCGACGUAUCUUCUCCAAUGGUGGAGAUAACUGAAAAUUUGGAAGACUCAAAUGUGGUGUUUGAAGUUAAUCCCACUUCUGAUUUGAAUUUGAAGUACGUAGACGAGGAAGAGCUUGGCGAUUUCAAGGUGACUAAAGUGGAUGCAUUCUAUGCUGACGAAUCUUCUCCAAUGAUGGAGAAAACUGAAAAUUUGGAAGACUCAAGUAUGGUUGCUGAAGUUAAGGCCGCUCCUGAUUUGGACUUGAAGUUUGUAGAUGAGGACGAGCUUAGUGAUGUCAAUGUCUCUGAUGUCGAAGCAAUCUAUGCCGAUGAAUCUUCUCCAAUGGUAGAGGAAACUGACAAAUUGGACACCUCAAAUGUGGUUGUUGAAUUUAAGGCCACUCCUGAUCUGGAAUUGAAGUUCGUAGAUGAGAAUGAGCUUAGUGAUGUCAAGGUUUCUGAAGUGGAAGCAACAUAUUCAGAUGAAUCUUCUCUAAUGGUGGAGAAAGCUGAAAAUUUGGAAGACUCAAAUGCAGUUGUUGAAACUACGGGCGCUGAUGAUUUAGAAUUGAAGUUCAUAGAUGAGGAUGAGCUUACUAAUGCCAAGCUCGCUGAAGCUCAAGCAAUCUAUGCUGAUGCAUCUUCCCCAAUGGUAGAAAAAACUGAAAAUUUGGAGAACCCAAAUGUCGAGGAAGGGAAGAGUAUGCGCAUAUAUGAGGCCUCUAAAGCUGAAGAAUUUGAAUCCUUGAAAGGCUCGAUGAAGGAAGUCAUGAGUAGUCUGGAAGAUAAAAAAUGUAAUAUAGAGGCUCAGCAAGAGGAUAUCCUUCUAGUUUUAACUGAGGUUGAAGCUGCCAUCAAUCAUGGAUCAGAAAUUCAGCUGGUGGGUUUGGAAAAAUCUGAUUCAAUUUCAGAUUAUCUUGAAAUGGCAGCUAUUCUUGAUGAUGAUUGGUUGUCUGACAAUGAAACAUCUUCUUAUGAGUCUGAAGAUGAUUUUGAUACCAAGGCACCUAAUCCUGAUACCAUGGAGGAGAUGGAGGAUACUGAGUUAGAUGCUGAAGAGGAGAUCUCAGCUGCUGCCGAGGAGAAUGAGGACUGUUCCAGGGUUGACAUUUCAAAUGCUGUUGAGGAGUACUCCAUCUCUCCAUCAGUCAAUAAUCCAACUGUGAACGAGACUGUAAUGUCUGUUACAACUCCUACCAAAACUAUUGCUUUAGAGAAUGUGGUACGAGGAACGACACCCUUGAAAUCAUCUACCAAGAAGAAUGCUGCUACUACUCCCAGAAGUUUUAUCAUUUUCAAUGAAAGCAAGGAGAUCAAUGAAAGCGGCAAACUCGGUGCAAGAAGUACUUCUAAGGUGGCAGAUAAAAUAGUACCUAUAGAGAAGGAGAACACAGGUGAAAGCACUGCUCAAAGAAAAUUGAAAGCUACAAGUGUAAGACAACUAAAAAAGAUGAUCAAACAACUCACUCUCAAGGACAAUAAGAAUACCAUUGUCGAGGAGCAGGUGCAUUUGGGGAAAAAGCCUGCACUACAAUACAAUAAAAAAACCACUAUCAAGGAACAGGUGAAGGUGGGUAAGAGGGCUGCACUACAACAAUUGAGCGAUAACUGUUUGGCGGAUGAGAAACAAAAGUGAAUUGUUCUUUACGUAGAACUGUUUGAUUGGGAUCUAUCAAUGAAAAAAAUAUGGGUGGGAAGUGAAUAUGUGAAGAGUUUUUUUUUUUUUUUUUUGGUUUAUGAGGUUCAUAUAUCUGUUGACCUCAUUUUUCAGCAGUGUUUUCUUUUUUCUGGAGUUGUCUGUUUGGCCUAGGACCAAUGUAGGAGUCGAUGAAUAAUUGAUUUAAGGUUUUACUUUUGCAAUUAUGUUGAAUCUUACCCAGUAAUGAAAAUAUAUGAAUGAAA